AAAAGACUGCACAUUCACCAGAUCUAUUCCACUCAUGAUUUUAUACGUCUCAAUAAGAUCACCCCUAGCUUGCCCUAUCUCUCCUUAAUGCUCAGGCCCUCAAGUCCUCACCACAACCUCGUAAAUCCCUGCACACUUUCUAGCUUAAUGGAAGAGAUGACCAAAACUGAACACAGUGCUCCAAGUACGGCUUCGUCAAUGUCUUUUUCCCCACUCCCCCUACUACAAUCAGUCUGAAGUCGGGUCUGGACCCGAAACAUCAUCUAUUCAUUUUCUCCACUUAUGCUGCCUGUCUUGUUAUAUUAUUCCAGUUAAAUCUCACGUUGUGUACGCCCACAGCAUAAUUCUCAAAUUCUACACAUAAUUCUCAAAUUCCCAAUUUAUGGAAAAUAAUGAAUAGUUAUUUGCGUGUUAUUGCUUACUCGACAUGUUAAGCUUCAGCUAUUAUUAUUCCGUUACCAGGUAUAUACAACGCUUAGGUAGACACAAAAUGCUGGAAUAACUAGGUAGGUGAGGCAGCAUCUAUGGAGAGAAGGAAUUGGUGACGUUUCGGGUCGAGACCCUUCCUCAGACUGAUGUCAGGGGGUGGGACAAGGAAAGAAUGUAGGCAUAGACAGUAAGAGUAGUGGGAGAACUGGGAAGGGGGAGGGGAUCGAGAGAGAAAGCAAGGGCAACCUGAAGCUAGAGAAGUUAAUGUUCAUACCUUUUGGGUGCAAACUAUCCAAGCAAAAUAUGAGGUGCUGUUUCUCCAAUUUGCGCAAAUGGAGUUACUCCAGCAUUUUGUGUCUACCUUCGAUUAACAGGCAUCUGCAGUUCUUUCUUAAACAUACAACACUUAUACACACUUGGCUCUUUACAAUGAAACGCACUUGACUAACCCAAGCAGGCAAAUGUGGACACAAAGAACUAGUUUGUUGGUCUACAAAAACCCGUUAAAUCAAUCCAUGCAAGCUGAUGUGCUGCUGCAAAUAAGAAUUUCAUUGUUCUAUCUGGGACAAAUGACAAUAGGUUUUGACUCUUGAUUACAGGCCUGGGACCACAUUCAAUCUCCAACAAUGUCCAAAAGUCUCAAGUCGUCAACUUUAUUUGUCACAUACAAGAUGUGCAGUGAAAUGAAAGUGGCAAUGCCUGCGGAUUGUGCAAAAACUACAGAACAUAAUCAGUGUUUACAUACUAGCAAAGAAUGUUUUACAAGAGACACAACACAACAGUAAUUUAGUACAGUAAAUUAGUCCCAGGUGAGAUAGGAGUUUACAGUCCUGAUGGCCUGUGGGAAGAAACUAUGUCUCAUCCUCUCUGAUUUCACAGCAUGACAGGGGAGGCGUUUGCCUGAAGUAGCAGCUGGAACAGUCCGUUGCUGAGGUUAGCUAUCUAGUUGUCUUCCUGCCGCUAAAAUAGAUUUUUUUAAACUAUCCCAGUUCUGGUGCAUGGUGUUGAUCUCCUCUGCAGAUAGAUUUCGCUCACUGUAAGGUGUCCCCAGCCGCCGCAAUGUAAAGCAGCUGCAACCACCUGUGACGCGGGCGUGCCUCCUGUCGCUAGGCAACGGCGGCCUGAGGAUUCUGGAGCGUGACGUCAUGCGGCGGGCGAAGGAGACGUGGCCAGUGACGUACGCUGGGGAGAGCACGUGGCGCGGCGACGUCAGCGGGCGGACACGUGCGGCGGGCGAUAGCGGGCGUUGGGAGCCGCCAGUCCCCAGCUAAUGCAGCGAGAGGAGAGAGAGCAGAGCCGGGCGCUCGGUGUGACCGCGGCCGGCCGCCUCCUCACCCCAAUACCGGGCGGGGGAGAGGGGCGAGGGCCGGUACACAGGGAAUGGGCGUCGGCCGCGGAGCCGGGGUAGGUAAGGUAGGCGAGGCCCGAGGCCCCCGGUGAUGGGCCGACGCGGAGCGGAGAGCGACAUGGAGCUCGCUAGCGGGGCGGCCACGGGGCCCGGCAACCUGACGGCGCUCAGCAACCAGAGCGGGGCGGCCGAGGCGGGGUCUGUGCCUGUGCCGGCUGCGGCGACGGCCGUGGUUGUGACCGCCCAGGCGCUGGUGCUGCUCCUCAUCUUCCUGCUAUCGGGCCUGGGCAACGCGGCGGUGAUCGCGGUGAUCGCCAGGCACCGGCGGCUGCGCACCGUCACCAACGCCUUCAUCGUGUCGCUGUCGCUGUCCGACCUGCUCACCGCGCUGCUCUGCCUCCCCUUCUCCUUCCUCAUGCUCUUCAGUACCGACGGUGCCUGGAUCUUCGGCGACUGCCUCUGUCUGGCCAAUGGCUUCUUCAACUCGUGUUCGGGCAUCGUCUCCAGCCUCACCAUGACCCUCAUCUCCUUCGACCGCUACUACGCAAUCGUCAGGAGGCCACGGGGAAAGAUGGACAGGCGCCUGGCAGCGCAGCUCCUGGCCGCCGUCUGGCUGACGGCCUUUUUCUUUUCUUUCCCUUGGCAUCUCUUGUUGCCAGCCCCGGAUCACAAGGUGGUUCACAAGAAGGGCUUCUACCACUGCAUGUACAUCUUUCACUCAGGCAGCUCGCCCAUGGGCACUGGCUACAGCCUGGCCCUGAUUGUCACUUGCUUCCUGCUGCCUUUCUCUCUGAUGUGUUUCUGCCACUACAACAUCUGUAAGACUGUGAGGCUUUCAGAAAUCCGAGUCCGCCCAGAACCUACCUAUGCCCACCUUCUGCGCUUCUACAGUGAAAUGAGGACAGCCACCACAGUGUUGAUAAUGAUUGUCUUCACCAUCUGCUGCUGGGGCCCAUACUGUGUCAUGGGAAUUAUCACUGCCACUAGCAACUUUCGUUUCACUCCUGUCAUGGACACCGUGGCCAUCUGGCUGGCCUGGGCCAACGGUGCCCUCAAUCCUGUCAUCUACGCCACCAGAAAUCCCAACAUUUCCAUGCUUUUGGGAAGGAAAAGGGAAGACGGUUACAGGACUAGAAACAUAGCAGCCUAUCUGUCUGGGCAGAACCAAGAUCACGAGACAAGAAUUCAGUCAGACAGGAUAAGGGAGCACUACGUCAGAGGGCAGGGAGCUGGCAACAGGAUGUCCUCUUCUAGUCCCGCGAAUGGGGAUGUGGCAAUGUGGGCCUGUAAAAAUCCAGCUGUGUUCUUCUGUCGGGAUGGACAGCCUGAUGCAACGCCUGAGCCCACAGUAGCCAAAUCAGUAACUGCAGACACCAGCCUUUAAAUAAGAUCAAAACCAUCCAAUCGUAUUAUAUACAUUUGGUAACAUUUUAUGGAGGAUGGAGCAAACGGUUUGUGGUACAAAACCUGUUUGUGACACUAGAAUGGGUUAUGUUAAAAUGUGCUAUGAUUGGAUUUGAGAUGAUUUCAUUCCAAAGUCUUAAUCAUAAAGAAAGAAAAUUAGUUUUUGGUAACAUGAAACAGACCAUUUUAUGUCUAAUCUGUAUAAAGUACAAUAUCGAACCCUCGCUUGAGAAAACUGUGUAAAUGUUCUGAAAUGGCUGGUGCCAAAUGGUAAUGGGACAUUAAUAACAAAAAAAAAAUAGCCUUACCCUAAACGAUGGGACAACUACAUUUUUUUCAGAUGCUGUUUAUCGUGUCCUUUCCCUUUGAAGGAAAGGUGUAAUGGUGUGAAAAUAGUUUCCAUAUAUGAAUAGUUGAAAAGCAGGUUGAUGGAUAUUGCUUUGCAAUUGGAUUGUGACUAUUGUAUGGUGUAUUUAACUUCCAUUGCCAUUGAAGUUAAUUUUGAUUUGGUUCACGCUGCAAGAAAUUGUCAGAUUGAUCAAGUCAUUUGAAGUACUACCCAAAUUUGCACCUGCUGAAAAGGGACAUUCAAGUUUCCUGAAGCUAGUUGUCAAUAACAGUUGUGAUUUCCACGCCAUGAAUGCGAUUGCUGAGCUGUGUGCAGGGAGAGUCAUCAGAUCUUGGAAGCAUCCCGUAUGAUUGUGAUCUUUACUACAACUGGAAGAAAAUAAAAAUGUAGGUGAAAUGGCAAGAGCAGGUGUAUAGCCAACUCCAACAGAUCCUCUGUCCUGUGGAGGGCUAUGCCUCAAGCAGAACCACAUGAGCCAUAGUCAUUAUUAUAUUAUUGGUACAUAUUUAUUUGCUCUGUUGCAUUAAUGUGCAUGUAAAGCUGAAGAAAAUGUUAUUUUGGUACACCAAAUAUUUAAACUCUUGAAUGUAUAGGGAUGAUCAGCUAUGGCAGAUUCAUGCUCAUAUAAAAGGACAGUAAACAGUGAUAGAACAAGCAAAAGUAAUUGUAAAAGUAUUUUAACCUUUAGUAAUACAAAUCUGUUUGAUGUUAUCAAAAUACAAUUGAAGAGAUCUUUAGGUUGUGUCACAUUGCAAAUUUCAGCAGAUUUUUUUAAACUCUCAUUUCACUGUCAUUCUCCCGUCUGUCAGAACUAUAAUUUCAGUGAGAAGGAUGUUAAAAGUAAUGUUAAACUUACUGUUUAAAGGUUAUGCAUGCAAGGGUGAACAUGACCAGAAUUGCCUGGCCGAAUUUCAUCUGGAAAUGAUAGCUGGUACAAUCCAGGAGAAAAUACUUUUGCAUAAUAGGUACAUAAAAGCAGGUGUGCGUUCCAUUUCUAGGCUGGGGUGUGUUCUCUGUUUCAAUACUUACACUAAUAAUCUUGCAUAAAAGAGCAUAAACAUAAUUUAUUGAUUAUGGCAUUAUUUGGUAAAUGUCAUUGUAGAGGUCAGCUGCAUCCAGUUUACAUAUAGUUGCAUUUAAUGGCAGUGAGAUGAGUAAUGUUGUCUUGAUGAUGUCAUGCUUGGGUUGACGCCUCCAUGCCCGUUCUGUGGUUUGAGAUGGUUGCUGAGGCCAUUGUGGGACCCUGCCACUGGUGCAUGAGGAGAUGCUGGACAUGGUGUAGUGGGGAGUAAGAUGGAUGGUUUGGGAGGUGGUAUGCAUUUUCCAUUGUAAGCAAUGAGAUAUGCAUUCUCAAGAAAUGAAUUCUGUUUUGAGCAAUUGAGGCAUUGGGAAUACCACAAAUUGGUAAAGAUAUUGCAUUUUUGCAGGAGGCUUUGACACCAUUCCCUCUAUUCACUUGAUUCUCUAAAUUUGAAGAUUGCUCACUUGAAGGAACCUUUUCCUUUUUAUACAUGUAAUGAACAUUGUCCACAGUUCCCCCUCCCAAUACAGGGUACUGCUUUCUUAAUAGACACGAAAUGCCUGACUAACUCAGCGGGACAGGCAGCGUCUCUGGAUAGAAGGAAUGGGUGACAUUUCGGGUUGAGACCCUUCUUCAGACUGAUGUCAGGGGAGUGCGGGACAGGCAGCGUCUCUGGAUAGAAGGAAUGGGUGACAUUUCGGGUUGAGACCCUUCUUCAGACUGAUGUCAGGGGAGUGGGAGGGACAGAGAUAGAAUGUAGUCGGAGGCACUGGUGGGCGAACUGGGGAGGGGAUGGAGAGAGAGGGAAAGCAAGGGCUAUUUGAAGUUAGAGAAGCAAAUGUUCAUACUGCUGGGGUGUAAGCUACAGAAGCAAAAUAUAAGGUGCUGUUCCUCCAAUUUGCCCUGAACCUCACUCUGACAAUGGAGGAGGCCCAUGACAGAAAGGUCAGAUUGGGAAUGGGAGGGGGAAAAGUUAAACUGCUGAGCAAUCAGGAGAUUAGGUAGCUUUAGGCAGACUGAGCAGAGGUGUUCAGCGAAACAAUUGGCAAGUCUGCGCUUGGUCUUGCCGAUGUACAGGAGUUGACAUCUGUGACAGUGGAUACAGUAGAUGAGGUUGAAGGAGGUAGGAGAUGUCGGAGAUGGUCCAAGUGGAUUUAAGUGCAGGAUGGAAAUUGGUUGUGAAGUUGAUGAAGUCAAUGAGUUCUGCAUGGGUGCAGGAGGUAGCACCAAUGCAGUCGUCAAUGUAGCAGAGGUAGAGUGCGGGGAUAGGGCCAGUGUAUGCCUCGAACAGUGAUUGUUCAACGUCCCCUACAAAGAGGCAGCCAUAGCUAGGGCCCAUGAGAAUGCCCAUAGCUACACUUUUGGAGGAAGUGGGAGGAAUUAAAGGAGAAGUUGUUGAGUGUAAGGACCAGCUCUGUUAGGCGGGGGAGAGCAUUAGUAGAUGGAAAUUGGCUGGUUCUGCGGUUGAGGAAGAAACGGAGGACUUGAAGACCUUCCUCGUGGGGGAUGGAGGUAUGGAGUGACUGGCCAUCCAUAGUGGGGGGCCUGGAAAACGGUCUUAAUGCUUUCUUAAUAAACACAGUAACAUGGGAAUGACAUUUGAUUGCCUGCCUUUUGAUUAUACCACUUGUUUCUGGUCUAUUCCUUAACUCUUGUAUUGCUUGAUAUAAUAGUCCUUGAUAUUUCUUGCUGUUGCUGUGCAUGGAGUAGUGGGUUUAGAUUGUUGCUGAUGGUUCCCCUUUAUAUCUGUUCUAAGUUCAGCUUGAGUUUGCUCAAAUUGGGUAAAAGCUAGUGAAGACUCGGGCACAACCCUAGAUCUUUCUAAAAACGUUAUUAAACCAAAUUUACACUGCAAUAUAAUAAACACUAGAAAUAAACAAGAAAAAAAGUGAAUUGAUUUAGUGUACAGAGGCUAUAGUAGUAAGAUUUAAAAAACUACAUGGCUUAAUUUUUUAAUUAAUAAUUUCAGCUAGAAUUUAUUCUGUAACUAUUUCUGGACAUGAUUCAGCCUGUUGAUCACCUGCUCCUUUCUAUGCAUUUUGUCCAUGGAUUUUCCCCAAACACACCUUUUUUAAAAUAAUACAAAAACACAGAAAUGAUAACUAAUGUAAUUGCCCUCCUUUUGCUUGUACUGCUUUUGGUCUGCUCCUUAAGUGAUACAUUGCUUGAUACGACGUCCUUGUCUUACAUUCUCAAUAUGUUUGUUCUGAUGCGGAAGAGGAAUGUGUGCUUAUCAGCACCAUGAGACAUUCUUAACUCGAGUGAACUGUUGUCUGCUGUGUAAAUUCAGUGGGCAGUCAUACCAUUCCGCAGAAGAUCUGUAGAGAAAGCAGAUCAGUAAUUUGUCCUUUGGUUAGUCUUGUUUAUGAAUUAUUCCUUUUGCAGUUUCUUCAGCUUAUUGCAUUUAAAAAAUUGAUUUAAUGUGUGAUAAUUAAUAUUUGUUGGUUUACCACGAGUUAAAUGGUGUUGUGAAUUAUGUCUGGCUACCUGGUCCGUUAUUAUGAGCAGGUUACAUUCACACAGUCCACACCUGGCUGAGUGAUUCCCACCCUGUUGCCGAGAUGCGUUUUGUUGUUGGGGACAAAAUCCUUGGGAUCCUGAGGUUCAAGGGCUUGCCAACCAAGAUGGCCCAAUUAAGCUAUUUUCACACAUUUGGACCACAACCCUCAACCUUUCUUAUCAAUGCACCAGUCCAAAUGUCUUUUAAAUGUCGCUAUCGUACCCGCCUCAGCUACCUCCUUCGGCAGCUUGUUCCAUAUACCCACCAUAGUCUGUGUGAUAAAGUUGCCUCUUAGGUUCCUAUUAAGAUUUUGCACUCUCACCGUAUACCUGUGCUGAUCUCCGCAUGAUGGCUAACUGUAGAUGAUGCAUACCAUCUGCAUUUGUGCAACACACUGAGAAUUUCUCCAUGUUCCAUUUAUGGCCAUGUGUGGAAGCUUCAUGCUUAGGUAUUUCAGGGAAUUGACUGCCAAAACAGACUUGUUUGAUCCAUAUUAUACACAUGGGAAAGUAGUAGACCUUCAUUCUGGACUAGAUUAUUCAGCCUCUUCCUGAAAGGUUCUACUUGUGCUGGCGAACUGGCAGCUUCACCAUGAGUAAUUCUAUUACCAAUGCCAUGGCGCUUUCUCACUAGCCAUAAACUUCUCCACUCCUAUAUGCCUGGCUAGUUUGCUUGCUGCAUUUUGGAUCUGUACACCACGGAUGUUUACACCACAGGAAAGUUCUUGCGUGUACCAUUUGCACACGGCUUCGUCAAGUUUUUUAAAUUGCGCAACUCAUAUGUUUACUUCCACCAAUAGAAGUUUUAGAAUCGACUCCAAACUUUAAUGACAAUGCAGUAAACUUGUCCUUUGCAUUUUGUAUGUCUGACAGAGCUUGUUUUUUCAUACUAUAUUCUUCACAUAUGUGCGCUACCAUAGCAACAGCCUCUAACUUUUUUAUUAACUCUAGUUUCUCGUUAACACUUAGACUGACACAAUCACCACCGCUUGCUCUAGAAGCCAUAGUCAAUCAACUGAAUGAUAUUUAAAAGCUAAAAAGUGACUAAACACUAAACGGGGUGAGCGCACAACAACGCUCACUCAUACUGAUUGGUAGGAAACUCAGACUGAUGUGUAUGUCCUGUCACCAAGGGAUCAAUGGCAGACAGGUUAAUUAAUAACCUGUUCUUCAAAGGGAGCUUUUCCUGCAAAUAUUUGCUAGCAGAUCUUGCUCUAGAAAGAAAAGCUUUCUUUACUUCAAUCUUCUUUUCAUUGUGUAGAAUAGCUGUUGCUUCUGGUCCAAUGAAUAUGUCUACAAGAGCAAGCAUUGAAGUCUUAGCUGCUACAUCUACAUCAGUCACUUUACACUGAAGAAGCACUUCUGUCUUCACAAAGCAUGAGAAGAAACUCUUGCUCAGGCCUACAACUUCAUCAUAUAGUUUGUGGAUUUGAGUUUCGUUCUUCUGAAAGACCAGAACAAAUUUCUUCGGUAGAGCCAAGGCUAAAGGAGCAAUCUUGUGUAACUGUGAUUCACAAACAGCUUCUGUGUGAUCCUUUCUUUCCGCUGUUUCCCUUCUUCUGUCAUUUUCUUUUCUCUAACCUGUCCUGAAUUACUUUGAUAGCCCUAACUGCUUUGUCUCCGAUCUCCUUUGAUAAGUAGAUACCCUUGCACAAGUGGAAAAAGUGCUGACGAUCUGGUAAAGACAGGAAGGGAAAGUAGAAGAUUGUAUACACAUCAAGCAAUCUCAACGUGUCCACCACUACAUCAUACACACUCAGCCACCUUGUUGGAACAUAUCUCUCGGGUACGGUGAACUUCACACCAAGGAUAUUGCACAGCCUCUCCAAGUACUGGUGAAGGUCUGUAGACCAUUUAAAGUCAUUGUAGAUUGAAGUGAACAGUUCUUCCAAAUGCUGUUCAAAUGCUUUUGAGAAUCUCUUACAUGCAUUGUGUAUGCAAACAUCUCCAUCUAUAUCAAUGUGAUAAGGAGCAUGCUUUGUCCUUAUCCUUGUCUCCAAUCCACUCUUCGAAACUCUCAUGACAUUACAUGAAUCCAUCAAGAUAGAUAUCACAUUUGUUCAUGGAAUGUUGUGUCGUUGCAGCAAGGAAUCAAUCAAGGAGAGUUUUUCCUGCAAACAUUUGCUAGCAGAUCUUGCUCUAGAAUGAAAAGCUUUCUUUUCUUCAAUCUUUUCUUUGAUUGUGGCGAAUAGCUAACUAUUCACCACAAUCAAACUGAGUGAGACAAAAUGAUUGAUAACCACCUUAUUCAAAGAUGGAGAAUAGUAGCUUACCAAGACGGUCAGAAUUUUUUUGUUAUUGUCUGAAGUGCCUUCAUCAAUGUUCAUGGAAAAUAUGACACUGUGAAGAUCCUGGGCAAGUUAAUCUUGAAAGGUUCUUGUCAAAACAAACUGCAUCUUGUAUGACGCUGUAUUCCUAUCCAUAGAUAGGAAUUCUAUUACCUAUGCUAUGUUGGUUGAGCACCUUGGGAUCACUCUACAAAGAGGCAGGCAUAGCUGGGGCCAAUGUGAAUGCCCAUAGCUAUGCUUUGGAUUUGGUGGAAAUAGGAGUCAUCGAAGGAGAAGUUGAUAAGGGUAAGGACCAGCUCUGCUUGGUGGAGGAAAAUGUUACACAAAAAUACUCAAUUCCUUAAAGAAAAGAAAUACCCAAUUCCUUAAAAAGAUAGGAGAUAGUUAACAUAUUCAAUAGUUUAUACCCCAUUCUGCAAGAUCAAUGUAUUCCAUUAAUUAUCUUCCAUCAUCAAUUAUCUGUGCUAAAAUUAUAUAGAUUGCAAAAUAAUUUAAAAUUAACAGGUUGUAUGAAAAAAAAUGUUCUUUAUGUCCUGUUUCUUGCAAUCAAUAGAAAACCAGUUAGGAACUAUUUCUGUAUGGCGGUGCAGUGGUGCAACAGUAGAGUUGCUACCUUUCAGGUGUUUUCUGUACGGAGUUUGUAUGUUCAUCCUGUGACCAUGUGGGCUUUCCCCGGGUGGCUUCCUCCCACAUUCCAAAGGCGUGCAGGUUUGUAGGUUAAUUGGCUUCUGUACAUUGCCCCUAGUGCGUAGAAUGCAAAAUUGGGAUAAUGUGGAACUAAUGUAAGGGUGAUCAUUGGUCGGUGUGAACUCAGUUGGCUGAAGUCCCUGUUUCCACGCUGUAUCUCUAAACCAAACUGAGCUAAACCAGUCAGAGAAUUUCAAUAUCUGGGAUACAGAUCACAUUACUUUUAACUGUUUUCCAUAUUGAAAGAAUUCUAAUCAAAAAUCAGUAAAAUACAUGCAAUAAAUCUUGCAAUGCCAAUUCUUUGUCCCAGUUUCUUGGUUUUGAAUCGGUUUUAAAGAUUUUAAAUUUAAAAUAUUGAAGCAAUCCUAUCAUUUCAUUGGAGACAAGAAACUGUAAACAUGAGCAAAAAAACAAGUGCUAAAAAAACUGUGGAGGGAAUGGAAAGGCAACGUUUCAGGUCGAGACCCUUCUUCAGACUGAACAUGGGUCCCAACCUAAAAUGUGUGUACAUUCCCUCCACAGAUGCUACCUGAACUAUUGAGUUCCUCCAGCACUUUGUUUUUUGCAUACAAUUUCAUUCUUUGAUUGUCCUUUUGGGAUGAGACUGCUGAAGUUACAUUAUUUGGUGUGCAAUAUAUUAAUGUCUAAAAUUGAAAAUUUGCCAAUGGUUGCGAAAAUUAUUUUGAAAACUGUCGUGUAUUUUAUUAGCUUUUUAUGUUGGUUUAUUUACUAUAGAAAUAUUGCCAGUUAAUUUCCCCAAACAGAUGGCUGUUUAUGUCUGAUUGUUUCUGUGGUUUUUUGUUGUAUGGUGUUAAAAUACUAGUUUAUAUUUAUCAAUACACUAUUAUUUAAGGUUAAUUUAUGAAAUAUUUAAUGUACAGUAGCAGUAUUGCCAGUGCACAAUACCACUACAAAAAUUGUGAUUUCUAUCAAUGUGUUUUAUUUACAAAUAAUUCACAUUCAUUGAUUGCGAACUUGAGCCUUAUUUGUAAAAAAGCAUGAUUAAAAUACAACUUUUUUG